CAGUUCGUCUUCUAAUUUUCCAUUCGCAGUCUCUUGCGAAUUUCGAAUGUAGGUAUUCAAUUUCGAAAUUAAAAGAAAAUAGGAACUGUCCGAGGAAAUUAAAAAAAAUAUUAGCUAGUUAUAGAUCUAUUCCAUUUUGAAACAAUUCAGUAAAGACCAUAGGAGUGAAUUUUUACUUUUACAAUGGAAAAUCUUUUUAACUUAAACCAUAAACUAGUUUUUAAUAAGAAAGAAGAUGCAUUCGGUCGCUUCGGUACUAUUUGUAAAUUUUCAUCGAACAAUUUAUUUGCUUAUUCGUCUGAAAUCGAUAUAAUCACAGCUGAAAAAGGCUUUUUUGUCUAUAUGUUUGAUUUUAAUCUUCCAUGGUAUACCUAUAAAGUGGCAUCAUUCAAAUAUCCUAUCGUUAACAUCGAGUGGGAUCAAUCUGGAUACUUCAUUCUUGUUGCUGAUAAUUACGGGAAUAUAUCUGUAUACACAAUGGAAAACAAUUUAAUUUCAGAAUGGAUUGAAGUCUGCUCCGUCAGCUUUCCAAGUGAAAAUAUAAUCGCUACUAAGUUUUUUAAUAAUGGAAUAAGAAUAGCCAAAUACCAACAAGAUAAGAGAGAUCAAGUCUUAUAUUCUGACAAGUAUUAUCGACCAAAAUUUCAGCCUACAGUUCGAAAGUUUGGAGGUGUUUCCGAUUUUGGAUGCGUUUGUGUGACUUCAACAGGUCUCAUUGGAGCUUUUUCUAUAGAUUUGAACUUUACUGGCAAUGAUAACAACAAAAAAACUAAUAAAACCUCUAGGAAUUUAGGACAAACCAGAGGUUUAUGUACUUUAGCAGAUAUUUCAUUUAAGAAUGGACAGUUUCAAAUAGCAGUUGUUAACUCAGCCCAAAAGAAUUCAUUAGUUCAGUGCUAUAGAGUGCAAAUUGAGAAGAUCGAUGAAGACAAUUUGGUGAUUGUAAGUAAAUCUUUACCAAGUUUCUUCGUAAAUGAAAGCAUGGCAUAUAAAGAAGCAGUCGAUGCAAAAAUACAUCGUCUUAAAUGGAUGUCACAAGAAGAUUCAGACUCUUUAAUUAUAUCCUCGAACCAUUCAAGUGGAAGUAUUGUUGAAAUUUGGACCUUGAAAGAAGAACAAACACUAAUUCACAAAAUUUUUCAAACUACCAAGAAUGAAGCGUAUAAAACACUGGGCUGGUCUAAUCAACAAAACUAUAAGCACAGCAGAAAAGUUCUCGAUGUGAUUACAACAAAAGUUCAGUUCACUGCUAACUUCUACAUAUUUAUUGCUUACCAAGAUAGUUCAAUUCAUUGCCUUAACCGAGAAGGCUUGAAAAGAGUAGCUAUCAACAAUAUUCAUCUUACUGCAUCUGCGUUAGAGCAUCAAACAAAACAAAUCAAAAUUACAUCCAAAAUCACUUCUCUGGACAUUUCUUAUAUGGGUCAUAUUCUCAUCGCCACCGAUUCAAUCGGUCAAGUGUCGUGCUAUCGCAUUAACUUUGACCAUAUAAUGAAUAAUUUAGUACACGCAGCAAACUUGUUUGAGUUUUGUAUGAUCAGUGGAUUAGAUACUUUAGAUUCACAGUUGCUUCUUAAACCACUUUCAAUAAAUGAUCUCGUCGAUAAGCUAACUGAUAAUUUUAAUCGGCAACCAAAUCACGUGACUCAAUUUUAUUAUUUGAAGUUUUUAACUAUGAAGAUAAAUUUGUAUCGGAUGUGUAGCUUUGGCCAGAGUAAAGCUCAUGACUUAGUUUGUUUGCUGAAUUUAAUUUCAAUAUCAACUGCAUUCAAAUCCUUAUUAAGACCAGCUGAUUUGAUGACUAUGAAAAAUGGACCAGCUGAAAAUCUUGCAAUGAAUUUGUCAGAAUCGAGCCUUCCGGAUGUAGAUAAGGUUCUUGUUAAUCUUGAAGCUAAAGAUUUUACCGUUGAACCAUCUACGCUUCAAUCUCUUCAGCAACUUAUCCAAUUUGUCGCUGAUCUUGCGCUUAAUAUUCUUUCAAAGCUCCCUGAAGGAAGAACAUUUCUCAACACAAAUAAGACAACCGGUGAUUUAUCAGAUUUCACGGCUCUAAAUUCAAUUCGUGAACUGUUAGUAAUGAUUCGUAUAUGGGGACUUUUAAAGCCUCAAUGUCUUCCUGUUUUUUCGCGAUCGGCGGACAAUUUGGAUAUUCUCGCAACUUUAUUCAGACUUCUCACGAAGUUGGCACCUAAGCCUACCGAUCCAGAUGAUCAACUUCUUGAUGAAUGCUGCUUGCUACCCAACCAAGUUCUUAUACCACAAAUACAAUUAAAUACACCGAGAAUAUCGCUUUCAUCUCCACUCUUAGUUAAUGCUCCUCUUCCUCUUCAUCUUGAAUAUAACGUUGAAUGUGAUUUACUUGACUUCAUUCCUGAACUACAUUAUGUUGAAGGUUGUUUAAUGAAUAAUAACAUAAUGGAUUCAAUUCGUUACAUUCACUUAGGCAAGAGCUCUGCAAAUCUCAGAAGGUGUUCUCGAUGUGGAUCAUACUCAAGUUUGAAAAGUGUGGCCAGAACGGCGGCUAUGAAAGGAUGGGAAUCAAGAUGGAAUACUUGUAAGUGUGGAGGACUCUGGAAACUUGAAAAGUGUUAGAUUUCUAAUACUUAUGUAAAUGAAACGAUGAAAGUUUAGAUUCGUGUUUUUCCUUUAUUUCUUAAUUAAAAUGAUUAGGUAAUUCUAAAAAAUGAUUUUUAUUCCUUGUUUUUAUUUAUCAUCCAUUAAAAAAUAUCCAGAACUUUUGUCCUUUAAUAAAUAUCUAUUGAUAGAGACUCUAUUAAAAGCUAGAUUUUUAGAUUAGGAACUUUUUUAAAAAUUUCAUAAAACUUAAAUAAACAUUCAAACACGAAAAAAAAACAUUUAGUUAUACAAUUCCAUCAGGCAUAUAGUUGUGACAUCUUGGAAAAUUUUCAGGCGGUUGUCUCAUAUCUGUGAUUUCACCAACUUGAAUCAUCAAUGCCAUACCAAUGACCAAAUGCCAGUCAAAAUGACAGUGUAAUAACCAAUAACCAGGAUUGUUUGCCCUAAAUCGUAGCCGAACAUAUCCAGGAUAAGGCAAUACAACAGUAUCUUUAUAGGGUGGUCUUUUAUAUUUAUUUUUUAAUGGAAUUGCGCCAUUUCUUACGUCUUCCUCUGUGAUAUUUUCUCGUAAUAAACCCGAAUCCAUUAUAUGAAACUUAUGUCCAUGGAGAUGAAUUGGAUGAGUUAUUUUGUCAUAUAUGUUCACUACUAUUAAUUCAGCUAUAGAAUUGAGUUUGAAUUUGAUUCUGUGAAUGCAGCGACAAAUAGUUUUGGUGUCGUAUUGGAAACAACUUUCAUUUUUGAUGCUUUUUUCGUCACAAAAAAAUUCAUCAUGUACACGAUUAGGUUCAAGAAGAAGUGGAAAAGAUGGGUAAGCAAACGAUAUGUUAUUGGCACUUCCAAUAAAGCUCAUUCCAUUACCUGAUGUUGUGAACAUAUACUUUUUCAACAUGGGAUUUGUGUAAAGAAAACUAUUUGGAAUUCCAGGAGUGUCAAAAAAUAUGAAAUUAGUUUUAUCGGCAGCUCCUUCGGAAAUCUUGUCAUCAAGUCGAUAAUCGUCCAAAUGUGUGAUUGGCAUAUACUUUUUGCCAGG